AUGGGUUCGGACUCCUUAGCGACCUACGCUAUAGUUCUGAUCCUAUGUUUUGGCAUCCCGUUCCUCAUUCUCGUCGUCUGCUGCGGCCUUGUCUGGUGCGGGUUUUGGGUCAAUGUCGGAUGUGGAGGCAUUCUACACUGCUGCCGCCGGGCACGCGAGCGACGAGAAGACCACCGACAAGGGCGGAGAUUACGCAUGCUACAGCAAGAGGAGGAACGCAGAGAGCGUAGGUCUGAGCAAGAAACCGAGCGGAGACUGAAGCGACAACACCGCGAAUGGAUCGCUGCAGAGCGAUGCUCGCAGGGUGCUCAGCACACUCAACGGCCGAUGAUCGAAUAUCCGGCGUCAACACGAGUCCCUCUAUCUGCGGUUGCCUCCUCACAUUUAUUCAAUAAUAGGAGCCCUCAAGGAACGCUCGGAGCUUCUGCCGGCGUACCUAGCAGCAACAGUCUCGACGGCCAUGCUCCUAUGACCACUAGUGGAGGCAGUCGCGUUAUUGCUUGGGUUCGGAGAAGCACGCCUGGUUUACCUACGGACUCCCGAUGCCAAGCGAGCUACACAAGUCGAUUGAGUCGACGUCGUCUACAACGGCGGAAUCGCAGCCACAGUCUGACUGCCUGGUUACAACCGGGCUCCCCGACAGCUUCCCGAGGCUCGUUGGAUCCGGUAGCGGCACCUGCGCCCGCUCAUACGGUUCCUUCCUUUCGAUUGGAAAGACAGAGCCAGACCUCGAUUGUUCUGGCCUCUAACAGAUCCAACAGAUCCUCUCAUCACCGUCUGCUCGGUGAAGCCUGA